AAGCCUUUAUGUCAUAAUUCAAAGGGCCUCUAAAAAAUUGCUAACAAUGGAACCCUAGAAUCACCGUUGAUGGCCGUCGCAUACGCCUCCGUUCGCUCUAUAAAUCAACUGUUGGGUUGCUCUUUCGAAUCAUUCAUUCUUCAGGAGGUAACCAUGCCUUUUCAUCGCCAACUCAGCUUAGGGAUCGACAUCAAUGUAGCUUGGGAUGAUGUAAUCGACGAGACACAGAUUGUUGGGGAAGAAACAGAUGCAGAAAUCAAGAAUUUCAAGAACCAUUUUGAUUUGAAUUCGUCUGUGACAGAAGAUAAUGAAAUGUUGGUUACAGUUACAACAGAUCGAAGGGGUUUUCUCAAUGGAUUUCAAGAAGAAAUGAACUCCCAAAUGGAGGUAUGA